AUGUAUAAAAAAUUCAUGCAUACCGGUUUCACGGGAACACAAUGUGAGGUGGAGAUUGAUGAAUGCGCGAACAACCCCUGCCUGAACGGUGGCGUGUGCCAUGACAUGAUCAACGCGUUUAGGUGCACUUGCGUCAUAGGUUUUACGGGCGCUCGUUGUCAAGUGAACAUCGACGACUGCGCAUCGAGUCCGUGCCGCAACGGUGGCACUUGCCACGACUCCAUCGCCGGCUACACCUGCGAGUGCCUCCCUGGAUACACUGGUGUCUCGUGCGAAACUAACAUCAACGACUGUCUGUCGGCACCUUGCCACCGUGGCGAGUGUAUCGAUGGUGACAACAGCUUCACCUGCAACUGUCACCCUGGGUACACCGGCCGCGUAUGCCAAACGCAGAUCAACGAGUGCGAGUCCAAUCCCUGCCAGUUUGGAGGCCAUUGCGAGGACCUAAUCGAUGGCUACCAGUGUCGCUGCAAACCGGGUACUUCGGGUCGCAAUUGCGAGAUCAACGUCAACGAGUGCUACUCCAACCCCUGCAGGAACGGAGCCACAUGCAUCGAUGGCAUCAACAGGUACACCUGCGAGUGUAUCCCGGGGUUCACCGGGCAGCACUGUGAGACGAACAUCAACGAGUGCCUGUCCAACCCGUGUGCGAACGGUGGCAAGUGCAUCGACCGCAUUAACGGCUUCCGAUGCGAGUGCCCCCGGGGAUACUACGACGCCAGAUGCUUGUCCGAUGUCAAUGAGUGCGCUUCAAAUCCUUGCAUCAACGGGGGAACAUGCGAAGAUGGAGUCAAUCAGUUUAUCUGUCACUGUUUACCCGGAUACGGAGGUCAACGUUGUGAGCGCGAUAUCGACGAAUGCAGCUCUAAUCCGUGUCAACAUGGCGGCACGUGUCACGAUCGGCUGAAUGCGUACAAAUGUGACUGUGUACUCGGAUUCACGGGCGUGAACUGCGAGACGAACAUCGACGACUGUGCGGGCAACCCUUGCCUGCACGGCGGCUCGUGCAUCGACCUGGUGGACGGCUACCGGUGCGUGUGCGCGCCGCCGCACUCCGGCCGCAACUGCGAGCACACGCUCGACCCCUGCCAGCCCAACCAAUGCCGGCACGGCGGGCGCUGCGUGGCUGAGGCGUCGUACGCGGAGUUCACGUGCGUGUGCGGCGCGGGCUGGGCCGGCGCGCUGUGCGAGCGCGACGUGGACGAGUGCGCCGCGUCCGCGCCCUGCCACAACGCCGCCACCUGCCUCAACAGCGCCGGCUCCUACGCUUGCCUGUGCGCGCGCGGCUACGAGGGCCGUGACUGCGCCGUCAAUACCGAUGACUGCGCCUCCUUUCCAUGUCAAAAUGGCGCGACGUGUUUGGACAGCAUUGGCGACUACAACUGCGUAUGUGCGAGCGGGUUCGCUGGCAAACAUUGCGAGAUCGACAUCGACGAGUGUCAGUCGAGGCCGUGCAUGAAUGGAGCUACGUGUAACCAGUAUGUGGCGUCGUACACUUGCACGUGUCCGCUGGGUUUCUCCGGGAUCAACUGUCAGACCAACGACGAGGAUUGCACGGAAUCCAGCUGCAUGAACGGAGGCACCUGUAUCGAUGGCAUCAACUCCUAUAACUGCUCAUGUCCACCUGGGUACACGGGUUCAAACUGCCAGUUCCGCAUCAACAUGUGCGACAGCUCUCCGUGCGACAACGGCGCCACCUGCCACGAUCACGUCACAUUCUACACUUGUCACUGUCCCUACGGAUAUACCGGGAAGCACUGUGAAGCAUACGUUGACUGGUGUGAGAAUCGUCCGUGCGAGAACGGCGCGACUUGCUCGCAGUCGGGCGCGCAAUACGCGUGCGCCUGCGCGCCCGGCUGGGCCGGCAAGCUGUGCGACGUGCAGAUGGUCUCCUGCAACGACGCCGCGCUCAGGAAAGGUGUCAAACUGAAACAACUGUGCAACAACGGUACCUGCGAGGACAUCGGCAACUCGCACCGCUGUCACUGUCUCGACGGCUACACCGGCUCCUACUGUCAGAAGGAGAUCAAUGAGUGUGACUCCGCACCCUGUCAGAACGGAGCCCUGUGCAAAGACCUCGUAGGAACUUACCAGUGCCAAUGCGCCAAAGGAUUUCAAGGACAGAACUGCGAGCUGAACGUUAACGACUGCCUCCCGAACCCGUGCCAGAACGGAGGAACCUGUCAUGAUCUGAUCAACAACUUCUCUUGCUCCUGCCCUUUCGGGACUCUCGGUAAGAUCUGCGAGAUAAACGUGAACGACUGCAAGCAGGACGCGUGUCACAACAACGGCACCUGUAUAGACAAAGUUGGCGGGUUCGAGUGCAAAUGCCCCCCAGGAUUCGUCGGACCAAGAUGCGAGGGCGAUAUCAACGAAUGCCUCUCCAACCCGUGCUCGAACCCCGGCACGCAGGAUUGCGUCCAAUUGGUCAACGACUACCAUUGUAAUUGUAAACCUGGAUUUAUGGGAAGGCAUUGUGACGCCAAAGUAAAUUUCUGCGCAAACUCGCCUUGCCAAAAUGGUGGUAUUUGCACGGCGAUACAAGGAGGACACGAAUGUUUAUGUAAUGACGGAUUCUACGGAAAGAAUUGCGAGUACUCCGGUUACGCGUGUGACUCAAAUCCGUGCCAGAACGGUGGCUAUUGCCGGACGUCGGAAAUUGGAGACUACAUCUGCGACUGCCCGUCCGGACUGUCCGGAAUCAACUGUGAGAUUGACUCGAUGAAUGAAUGUCUUAGUAACCCAUGCAAACAUCCGGAAGCCCGAUGCAUAGACAAACCCGGCGACUUCCUCUGCUACUGUCCAAGACAAUGGACUGGCAAGAGCUGUGAUAUUUUCGACCCCCACUCUAGAGGUGGAUACGGAAGCCCCGUUUCGGGAGUUUACAGUAAAAACCCGGGUUUAACCUUGCAAGAGUUGGAUCUGGCAUUCCAAAGGGAACAGUGCGUGAAGCUGGGCUGUAAGGAGAAGCAGUCCGAUCACCACUGCGAUGAAGAGUGUAAUACAUAUGCUUGCGAAUUUGACGGAAACGAUUGCUCCCUCGGUAUCAACCCUUGGGCAAAUUGCACAGCGCCAAUCAAAUGCUGGGAAGUGUUCAUGAAUGGAGAAUGUAAUGAAGUGUGUAACACGCAAGCUUGCUUAUUCGACGGAAGGGACUGUCAGAAGUCGCUGCAACGUUGCAAUCCCAUCUAUGACGCAUAUUGCCAGAAACACUAUGCGAACGGCCACUGCGAUUACGGAUGCAACAACGCUGAGUGUAAUUGGGACGGCCUUGACUGCGAGAAUGAACCCCCAGACCUUGCUGAAGGUGUCAUGUCCGUUAUCUUGCUCAUGGACGUUCGAACGUUUAAAGAGAACUCUGUCGCGUUUUUACGAGACUUGGGCCAUCAGCUGAGAACAACCGUAGUAAUCAAAAAAGAUCAUCUCGGCAACGAUAUGGUUUACCCGUGGAAAGGAGCGGCGGACGUGGGUCUUCAAGACACCGAGUUUGGAAAGAAACAUCAGAUUGUCUAUACCGAGAGAGGCCAGUCGGGUGUUCAAGUGUAUCUUGAACUUGACAACAGAAAAUGCUCGUCAAUAUCCGGAGGCGAGUGCUUCUUCUCCACUCGUGAAGCCGCUGAUUUCCUAGCAGCUACCGCUUCCAAACAUUCUCUGUCACCCGACUUCCCGAUCUUCCAAGUGAAGGGAGUCACUACACCGGAUAGCCCUGGAGACUUACCAACAAACAGUAAAUACGUCUUUAUCGGCGUUAUUUUAGUCCUGCUCGCUGGCUUACUAAUCGGAGUGUUAGUGACUGCGCAAAGAAAACGCGCUGCCGGCAUCACUUGGUUCCCAGAAGGCUUCAUCCGAAAUAAUUCUUCGACAAGAAGGCGUUCUAGACGCCGCGGUCCCGAUGGUCAGGAAAUGAGGAAUUUAAACAAGGGAUCUAUGGGUUGUAUUGAUGUGGAUAUCAAUGGUGGGCAUAUGGGACCGCCGCAUUGGUCUGAUGAGGACGACGACGGUUCUGCGCCGCCAAGGGCGAAGAGAGCGCGAGGUCCAGGCGAUGCUAAUGGUGCUCCUGGAGGUUAUGCUUCAGAUCAUACGGCAAUCACGGAUUAUGAAGAAGCCGGUCACGAUUCGAGAGUAUGGACGCAACCGCACUUGGACGCGGCGGAUAUACGGGUACCACCGAGUAUGAUGACUCCACCAGCAAUCCACGACGGGCACGCGGACGUGAACGCGCGCGGGCCGCUCGGCAUGACGCCGCUGAUGGUGGCUGCAAUCCGCGGCGGUGCGCUGGACGCUGGCUCGGACGCGGAGGACGAGCACACCGCGCACGUCAUCUCCGACCUGGUGGCGCAGGGCGCGCAGCUCAACGCCGCCAUGGACAAGACCGGCGAGACCAGCCUGCACCUCGCCGCCAGAUAUGCGAGAGCGGACGCUGCAAAGAGGCUCUUGGACGCCGGAGCGGACGCGAACUCUCAAGACAACACGGGGCGGACGCCGCUGCAUUCAGCUGUCGCAGCGGAUGCCAUGGGCGUAUUCCAGAUUCUGCUAAGAAAUAGGGCAACAAAUCUAAAUGCCCGCAUGCACGACGGAACCACACCCCUCAUUCUUGCUGCAAGGCUAGCGAUCGAGGGCAUGGUUGAAGACCUAAUUAAUGCCGAUGCUGACAUCAACGCAGCGGACAACAGUGGCAAGACAGCACUGCACUGGGCAGCCGCCGUCAACAAUGUCGACGCUGUUAAUGUACUAUUGGUACACGGAGCAAAUCGAGAUGCGCAAGACGAUAAGGACGAGACGCCGCUGUUCCUGGGCGCGCGCGAAGGCUCGUACGGCGCGUGCCGGGCGCUGCUGGACGCGCUCGCGAACCGCGAGAUCACCGACCACAUGGACCGUCUGCCGCGCGACGUGGCGCAGGAGCGCAUGCACGACGACAUCGUGCGCCUGCUCGACGACCACUGCCCGCGCCCGCCGCACCACCACCUGCUGCCGUCGCCUAACCCUCAUCCGCAGCUGAUUAGUCAGCCAACGGUGAUCGCGAGUGCGAAGGGCAAACCCAAAAAGCCGCGUGCAAAGCCCGGCCCCGACAGUCCACAGGAGCAAGCCUACGACAACAAUAACCUACAACACACGCAGAUUCGACGGAAGCCAAGUGUAAAAAAGAAUAAUAAGAAAGUGGCGCAAGAGGUGCCACAGAGCGUAGAAAGCUUAGGCUCAAGCCUAAGUCCAGUCGAGUCACCGCUCCAAAAUUUACAGGAUUUGCCGUCGCCGUACGACGCGACGUCGCUGUACUCGAACGCUAUGGCGCAGUUCCCAGGCAUGGAGCAGCUUAUACAGCACAAGCAACCGCCCAGCUAUGAGGAUUGCGUCAAGGUAUCGUGUCUGCCUUACAAGACGGGUCAGACGCUGCAGUACGGCGGCGGCCUGGGCGCCUCGCUGUCGCCGCCAUACUCCAACCACUCGCCCACGCACAGCAACCACACCACCUCCCCGCACGCCUAUAUAGGUUCGCCGUCGCCAGGCAAGUCGCGGCCGUCGUUACCGACGUCUCCUGCCCACAUGGCGGCGCUGCGCCACUCGCAUCAGCAUCAACUCGACGCAGCUACAUAUUCUGCGCUCGCCCACCUCAGUGCGAACGGGCAACACAACGCUCAGCUGCAGGCGGUGAUGACGCACGCGGCUGCCCUCGGGCAGGUGCAGGGCGGACAACAUCCCGCUCUCACCAACAUGAUUUCUGGAAUAGGCCUGUAUGGAGGCUGGGGUAUCGGAGAUACGUUCCCGACGCCAUCGCCUGAGUCGCCCGACCAGUGGUCAACGCCAUCGCCACAAACGCCCCUGACACAAUCGCCACACUCCGAUUGGUCGGACCGCGCUGCACUGUCGCCUAAUGACAUGCAACAGAGCAACAAAGGAGCUACGGAAGCCAUUUAUAUAUAA